CUUCCUUCCCCCGCCGGAAACGGACGCGGGGGUUUGGGCUGACAAGAUGGCGGCGUCCGACAGCCGUGUGUGGGUACGCUGCAGCAAGACCUAGAGUUGGUCAGGCCGCUAUGCCUAGGUACUACGAGGAAAAGGAGGAGGACGGGCGGGCCUGCAGCGGGGUGAAGGAGGACCUGCGGCAGUGCCUGCUGGAGAGCGCCUGCGUCCUGCAGGGAAACAAAAGCCCUAAACAAUGUUUAAGGGAAGGACACUGUAAGAGUUUGCAAGUAACAUUUUUUACAUGCAAAAGAUCAAUGUUAGAUACUAGGGCAAGAUUCAGAGGAAGGAAAGGAUACUGAAGUUGUCUGUGAAGAGACACAGCUGUGGGGAAUGAGGGUUCAUCAGCACUUCAAUCAAACAGAGCCUGAGGAAAGAAGAUUGUAUCCACUGCAUCCUUUCAUCCAAUAUUUUUGUGGAAGGAACCUACUCUUGAGUGCUCCGAAGGAUUAACCUGGAUGUGCGUUUAAAUGUUGGAAAGGCAGCAAGCAUAAAACUGUCAAGUUCUGGCCAAAAUGAGUACUUGUUUUGCACUUGCAAUAAAAUAUGUAAAAUCCAGGAAAAAAAAGGUUAUGAUUGUGCUUUGAAGUGAAUUCUAAUCAUGUUUGACUACUAUAAAUAAUACAAGAUAUGGAACUGGGAGUUCACAGGUAUCCCAGGGGAUACCUCAGGACAGAGCUGUUUCCAGAGUUGGUGAGCUGACCAAGGCUCUGAAAUGUGUUUGCAAGCUGCUUCUUCACACAUAAGUUUGUUACCCAAAAAACCUGCACUGACAGAUAGGAGUGGCAAUGUUUUUGCAGACUCACAUACAAAAGGAUGGCAUCUCUUUCCUCUUGCUACCACUUCCUUUUAGCGUGAUGACAUAAUGUGUACAUGUUUAUUAGCACACCCUAGUUUUGUUGGACAACUGGAUUAAAGUGUGGUUACUCUAAAUUAAAGGAUGUCUGAUUUAUC